AUGCUUCUGCUGCAAGAGGCUCUACUACCUGGGCCUCUGCCGCUGCCGCUGGUGGCUCCGUCGCCUAAAUCUGUACCACCUGUGUUUCUGCCGCUGCCACUGGUGCCUCCACCGCCUGAGCCCCUUCCGUCUGGACUUCUGCCACUGCCACUGGUACCUCCGCGGCCAGAGCCUCUACCGCCCGGGCUCUGCCUCUGCCGCUGGUGCCUCUACCGCCUGGGCCUCUGCCGAUGCAGUUGGUGCCUCCGCUGCCAGAGCCUCUUCCGCCUGGGCCUCUGGUGCCUUCGCCGCCUCAGCCUCUACCGCCUGGGCCGCUGCCGCUGGUGCCUCUGCUGCCUGAACCUCUACCACCUUCGCCUCUGCUGCUGCUGUUGAAUCGUCUCUUUAAUUUGAAGGUUCAUUAUUGUUCCACAAUUUCUUUAAGGGCCAGAGCAAAUACUCCAACCUAGCUUUACAGCUGUGAAGCAGUAUAGCACGUGCUCUUAAGUUUUGUUAAUUAAGGUGUGUCAGCAAAUGGGUACAGUAUAUAUAGAGCAGCACCUAGCUUUCUCAGUUCCCUGGUGGUUGGGUCAAUGGAUGGGUGAUGCUUAUUGAUAUAGUAUAAUGUAAAAGGAGUUUUUUGUUUUUGUUUUUAAAACCUAGAUAAAGUUAUUUUGCGCAAGAGGCUCUACCGACUGGGCCUCUGCCGCUGCUGCUGAUAACUCCACAGCCUGAGCCUCUAUCGCCUGGGCCUGGGCCGCUGCCGCUGGUGCUUCCACCGCCAGAGCCUCUACUGCCUGGGCGUCUGCCGCUGUUGCUGGUGCCUCCGCCGCCUGAUCUUCUACCGCCUGGGCCUCUGCCAGUGCCACAGGUGCCUCCGCCGCUAG